AUUUUGUGUUUCACCUCUUCCACAUCAACAAAACAUUUCCCUCUGAGGAUUUUUUUCAUCUGGGGAAACAAGAAAAAGUCACUAAGGGACUAUGGCAACUCAGGAAGCCACUCCAGGCAGCCAGUCAGAGAACAAUGCUUUGGAGCUGCCAUCUGCUUGUGACAUAAGAGAUUACAUGCUGCAAGAACCCAGCCAGGAGGCCCACAGUGAGGCUGUUAGUUCUGUAGAAGCCUUUUCUAUUCCUUCCUCUUCUGAAGUGGACCCAGACACCAGUAACCUAAAUACUACGCAAAAUGAUUCUUGGACAUCUGAGAACUUCUGGCUUGACCCUUCUGCUAAAGGCCAACCAGAGACCAAGGCAGAGGAUGAUGGGCUUCGGAAAUCUCUGGACAGAUUCUAUGAAAUGUUUGGCCGUCCACAGCCCACCUCUGGAAAUCCACUCUCCGCAUCCGUCUGCCAGUGCCUGUCGCAGAAAAUCGAUGAACUGAAGGACCAGGAGAACCAAAAGUAUGCCCUCCGCAGUUUUCAAAUGGCCCGGGUCAUUUUCAACCGGGAUGGCUGCUCAGUAUUACAGAGGCAUUCCAGGGACACCCGCUUCUACCCACUGGAUGAAGAACGUGUGUCGCUGGAUGAUGAAAAGCCGACCCCAGGACUUUCCAAAGAUGUUAUUCAUUUCCUCUUGAGGCAGAAUGUGAUGAAAGACCUAUAACUGGUACCUGGUGCUGAGAGCAGGCCAUGUGGAUGGCGGAGGGCGGGGGGCAGCCCCGUGGUGACGCUGUUAGUGUACCAUCCAGGUCCCCUCAGGUCUCUCUUGCUAGUUCUGUGUGGCCAGCCCCAGCCAAGUCCUCUGCAGUCAACAGCUAGCAUCUGUGACCAUGUACUAGAGGCUCUUCAGCCCACAGAGAGAGCCGUCAGUGCCUGGGAAUUUUAUAGCCCCUGUAGCCACACUCCCACCUACCAUUCGCCUUGGCCUGAGGCCAAUGACUGGUUUGGGAGUCCAAAAGCCCAGCUUUCUUGUCUCAAAGAAGGACAUGCUCUGAGGCAUAACUGACUCUCAAGAGCUUUGCUCUGAAUUAGGCUGUCCUCCCACUCACUCACUGGCUUUGCCUAGAAGCUUUUUCUUAAUAAAUCUCUUGUAUCUGGAUCCUUGACUUGGAGUCUACCUUGGGGAGAACCUGACGUAAGAGAACACGUUUCCAUAAGAUGAAUUUUUUUGAAGGGAAUAAAGCUCUGUGCUCAGUCAAGUACAAGAAUUAUACCAUGUUGUCAAACUGCAACCAUGUGAUUGAGAACGUAUAUACCAGAAUAACACAAAGAUUUAAGUACCUUUCCAAAACAGUGCAUCACAUCUUAGUCAUACCCUUGCCUCUCCAAAUCCAGAAAUGUCUAUUUUGUAAGACUAACUGAAAGUAGAAGGAAAUUUGGACCUUCUAAAAUAACAGCUAAGAUUCACAAAUUAAAGAAAAAAAUAAAGUCUCUUGUCUCUACCCAUUAAAGUAUGCAUAAGCUCAAUUAUGAUAGGCUGGAUGGAGCUUCAGGUGUACAACAUAGUGAUUAGACAUUUAUGUAUGUUAUGAAGUGAUCCCCCAAUAAGUUUGGAAUCCAUCUGACAUCAGACAGUAUUAUUGACUAUAUUCCUUGGGGCUGUAAUUCACCGGUGCAGAGUUGUGCUGGCAGAUGCUCUGCUCCAGGGCCGUGUUCUGAACGCCCACUGGAGACUCAGUUGGUAGAUGACAUCACCUGGCACUAAGCUCCCUGAAACUGUGAGUGGAAGCCUCACACUAACCCCUACCUUGACAGUUAUCCAGACAAACUGCAUUGACAGAAAAGGGUUAUAUCCCUUGUUUUGGGGGGAACAAGAGAAACUGGCAACAUGGUGCAAUUAGAUUUGGAGAAACUUCAGGUGAAAUUUAAUUGGCAUAAGAUCCCCUAAGCUUUCCAGAAACUGGAUUAUGCAAGUCGGUUAGCUUAAACAUGUACAUUCAGAGUGAAUGUGCCCUCAUAGGCAGACUCUUGGGGACUGUUGGGGAUUCUUGGAUGGAGAGAGAAGCCUUUUAAAGGUCAGGAAUUACAUACUAAGGCUUCCAAUUCUGGGAAUAGGAGAUGUAAGAAACAGUUCCACAUUGAAGUGCAGAGGCACCACUUGAAAGAGACCUAAAUGGAGGAAACGGGAAAUGAAUAGGCCUCUGAGAGACACUCGAGAAACAAACCUCCCGAUUUCCCUCUGACCAGCAAUCUUUCUCUACGGGCCUCGCCUAUUCAACUGGCCCCCAAACAGUCGUGAAACCAGUGGGGCUUAUAAUUGAAAAUCUACAGAUAGAAUUUUAACGUCACUAGUUUUAUUGUUUUUUAAUGUGAAGUAAAUUAAUAGGUGCCCUUGAAGAAUGCUGUAGUUCUUAGUAUUAUGCAGUCACUGAAAUAUUGGAUAUUAGUUUCCAUGGCUACCAACAGGAAGAAACUGGAUUUUUAUAUACUGCUUUUAAAGGACAAAAGAUACAAGCUAUUUAAAUCUCCAUGCCCGGAAGUGGCAGCUUCUAUUUGGCAGUGAGAUUUUAGUAUUAAUAAUUCUGUAAACUUUAUUAACAUCAGUGCUGUGGGCUCUGAGCCAGUGGUUAGGCUCUGAAAGCAGAGAAUUUCCAAGCCCAAGAAUCAGAAUCACCUGAUGCUAAAAAAGAGUGUAGCGUGUUCUUGUUUGUGUCUGAGUAAGUGCUUGUGACAGGUCAGUACAAGACAUUUGAUUGCCUGCAGUCUCGUGCCUUAAUUAGAUAUUCCUGGGAUCAGGAUGGCAUUUUCCAUUUAUCUCCGUUCACCUUUAAUAGAGACUAAGGGGUAAGGAUAUCGAGGCACUGGCCUUUGGCAUUAUUCUCUGAUUCUGCCCUACAGAUCACCUCACUGACAUUUUAUCAUCCUAUGAAGGUUCCACUGGCCAGUAAUGCCGCCUGGGGCCCUUUCAGAGGUCUUGGGGGAGAUGGAUUUGCGUGCAGUAAUAUCAGAACUCCAAAGAACAGAACUGCUACCAUGUUUUAAGUUUGUGUAACUGUUAUUUACCUCAUUAGUCUAUUUCUUUGCAUGACCUAUGUAGGGGCACAUGUAAUACAUGUUAUUAGAACAAAACAAUACAGUGAUACUUUGAAAACUUUAACACUCACUUUGAAAACUUUUUAAUGGAUUAUAAUAAUCAUACAGAUAAGUGUUUUAUAAGUAAAUGUCUUGAUGAUUUUCACAAAUUGAACCCACCUGUGCAAGCAACAGAUAUGAACAGCCAGAUAUGAAGAUCUUCUGAGUGGAGAUCUUCAUCUGGAAAUCUGAUGAGACUGCUUUGCUCAGACCAAUGUUUCUCAAACUGCUGGCAGUACACAAAAAUUUAUAUGGGCAAACAGUGUUUCUUUUCAUUGUUAUGUAUUCAGUUUAAUAUAUCAGAAAAAUACACUAUAUCUAUGCUUUUACAGAUAUUACAUAGGAUAAACUUAAUAUAAGAGGUCUGUCCAGAAAAAGCCCAGCCAUUGGUAAUAUAACAAGAAUGGUUUGUGCAACGUCAAUGUAACCUAGUAUCCAAGGAGAGCAGACUGGAAUGUGCAUGCAUGAACAAUGGCAACUGCUCUGUACUAGUCAGUGGGGGCAGUAGACGCCAUUGAGAGAGCAAGUAUACUGUGUAGUCAUUAAAUUCAAAAUGACUGAGUGAGUAGAGCAAUGAAUCUGCAUAAAAUUUUGUGUUAAGCUUGAACAUUCCUGUGCAGAAACUAUUUGGAUGAUUCAGAAGGUUGCAGCUAUGAGCAACUGGUGAUUGGCAGCACAAUCACAACAUGCCCACUCAUGCAUCACGUCUCGUGCAGAGUUUUUUAGUAAAACAUCAAAUCACCCAGGUGACUCAGACCCCCCACUGCCCAGAUUUGGUACCCUGAGACUUCUGGCUUUUCCCAAAACUAAAAUCACCUUUGAUAGGGAAGAGAUUUCAGACUGUUGGUGAGAUUUAGGAGAAUACAAUACAAUGUGCAGCUGAUGGCUAUUGGGAGAACUGUGUAAGGUACCAGAUGCUUACUUUGAAGGGGAUUGAGGCGUCAUUGUCCUUUGUACAAUGUUUCUUGUAUCUUGUAUCUUCUUCAAUAAAUGUCUUUAUUUUUCAUAUUACAUGGUUGGAUACCUU